GCUGUGGGCAGACCUGUAUUCUGUGUUCUGACGAGACAUGAGACAGCUGAGGAGAGGUGUUAUCGGUCUUUCACUUUUCUCUCCGAGGGGAAAGGAUGGAGGAGAAAUAGAAGCGUCAUGGCUGUUCCAAGGCGAGCAGGAGGCGGUUUGUGGAGCAUUAUAGUGCGUGAUUCCCCCUCAGGUCGUGGUGAUGGACGUGAGGUGAGAGUGCUUUGGUUAUUUAACAGCCGCUGCAGUGACUGAACGCGUUUUAUUUGACCUACUGAUUCCUGCUGAUAGACGAUGCCUACAUUCACGGGCUGGCAUUAAGAGGACCCGUGCCCUCCCUCCCCCCCUACUGGCUUCUGUUUUUCUGCAACAGCAGCACCACGGACAGCGACAAUGACUCGGCUCCGCAGGAAAGCUCUUGUGGCACUUUUCCUCUUCACCCUCUUCAUUUUCGGGGCCAUGAUGGGGCUCAGGACGCUGAAGCCGAGCGACGGCUUCUCGGACCUGGCCCCCGGCAUGGACUUCAUCGGGGAGAGGUCCGAGAGGAGGCGGCCGGAUGCGAACGACGUGGUGGUGUCCCCGGGCCAGUUCCACAUGGGCAGCAGCGACACGAAGGUGGUGUUCACCAAAUCAGACCGAGACUACAGCAUAUUCUACGAUGUUCACAUCUUCUACUACCUGUGGUACGGCUCUCCCGGCAUGGACAACAAGUACAUCCACUGGGACCACGUGCUGGUGCCUCACUGGGACCCUAAGAUUGCAGCCAGUCAUGCCCAAGGAAGGCACACGCCCCCAGAAGACAUUGCCUCAAGUUUUUACCCCGAACUGGGACCCUACAGCUCGAGGGACCCGAAGGUGUUGGAGUCUCACAUGUCCCAGAUAGAAGAAGCUGCAGCAGGGGUGCUGGUGUUGUCGUGGUAUCCCCCCGGGGUGGCAGACGACCACGGGGAGCCCACUGAGGACCUGGUUCCUGCUGUCAUGGACGCUGCCCACAGGCACAGCAUCAAGGUGGCCUUUCACAUCCAGCCAUACAAAGGACGGACGGACCAGAGCAUGCAUGACAACAUCAAAUACAUUAUUGACAAGUAUGGAAAACAUGGCGCCUUCUACAGAUUCAGGUCCAGCACAGGGCGAGUCUUGCCUCUGUUUUAUGUCUAUGACUCGUACCUGACGCCGCCAGAGUCCUGGGCGGAGAUGCUGACCGCUAAAGGCUCCCACAGCAUCAGAGGCACACCUUACGACGGCGUUUUCGUCGCCCUUAUCGUCGAAGAGCGCCACAAACACGACAUCCAAGCGAGCGGCUUUGAUGGCAUUUACACCUACUUUGCCUCCAACGGCUUCUCUUUUGGCUCAUCGCACCAAAACUGGAAAGCCGUUAAGGCCUUCUGCGACGCGAACAAUCUGCUUUUUAUUCCCAGUGUUGGUCCAGGUUACGUGGACACGGCUGUUCGACCGUGGAACAAUCACAACACGAGGAACCGGGUCAACGGGCGCUACUACGAGACGUCCUUGCAGGCAGCACUGUCUGUCAGACCAGAAAUAGUCACCAUCACUUCUUUUAACCAAUGGCAUGAAGGUACACAAAUCGAGAAGGCUGUACCCAAGAAAACAGUGACCCGUUUGUAUCUGGACUACCAGCCCAACCAACCGGAUCACUAUUUAGAGCUCACGCGUCAGUGGGCCGAGAACUUUAACAAGGAGAAGGACAAGUGGCUGAUGUAGACUUGGCUUUAUUUUUGCGAGUAUUAUGCACUCUUAAAGACUUUGCUGUUCAUCCAUCUCUGUGUUUUUCUUCUACUCUGAUCUCUUGUGAGAAGAAUUUCCUUAAAUGUUCACUCUACCCCGUGCUGUUUCUGUCACUAACAUGUUUUUGUACGGGUUGAUAAUGUCACUGAUGUGUUGAAGCUGCAAGGUCAAAAUGAGAGACAGCCAAUCAUCUAUUCCUGCUAACAACUCUGUUUGCAACUUUAAGAAAGUCGAGCUUUGUACAGUAACUUUGGUCUGAAGGGUUUUUUCUUACUUUCUUAUGAUGAAAGAUUGUUCUUUCCUGUAUUUCUUUGAGGACCAAUUAAAAAAUGUGUCUGUUUA